AUGACUCACCUUAUGACCGACGAGGAGUUCGCCAGCCUGCUCUCUUUGCCCUUGGAAGAGCUUACUACCUUUCCAUAUGGCUACGACCGGCUGCCAAGUUUGUCGGCGACACACUUGGAUGAGCCGGUGAAGUCUGGGACCCCCGACGCAAGUGGCACAGGGCUGUUGUCGCCAUUUUUAAAGCAUGCAUCCUACGACACAUCCAUGCCGCUACUAACAGGCAUGGAAGUCCCCAUGGAUUAUGCGGACUUGCAACAGGAUUGUACGGACUUUCAGCAGGAUUUCGUCGACUUCCAACAGGGGAUGUGUAGACUGCCUCAGAUGAACGCCACGGUCUUCAACUUGGGAAGGCUGACCGGCGUGCCAGACACAAACCAGGCGGGAUCAGAAGCGCAUUCCGAACCCCUUCUGAACAUUGUCCAAGCAGCCCUGGACCAGAUGAUUGCCAAGCAGGAAGAACACGCGAAAUGCGUGGUCGAGAGGCAAAAUGAGCAAGAUCGGCAGCUGGGUAUCUUGAGCGACAAGCUUAAUACCAUCAGAGACGGUCUGGAUAAAUUCUCGGCGGACGUGUGGAGAUGGACUCGGCCAACCGGUUUGGACUGCAGGGAGGAGAUGUUCUCAAGCGAGGCCGAUUACAGUGACAUGAGCGGGGUCACAGCCGGCGAGACAUGUCUUGAAGUUGCUAGUGAUUGGCUUGACAAUCUGCCAUGA